AUGAAGACAUGGAAAAACCAUUUCAACAUCGUGCACGAUAUAGUAUAUGGAACAAACACAAGUGGAUUCGGCUGGGAUACAGAUAAAUGUUGUGUUACUGCCGAUGCUGAAGUUUGGGAUGAGUACAUAAAGAGUCAUAAAGGUGCUGCAUGUUUUCGCGAUAAACCAUUUCCCCAAUUUGAUAACCUAUGUAAAAUCUUCGGGAAGGAUAGAGCUAUUGGUCAUGGAGCUACUGAUCUUGGUGAAGAUGUGAUUGAAGAGACACAAAGAAACUCUCCUGUUGAUGUGGAAGGGUUGGAAGAGAUUGUUGAAGAGACGCAACAAACUGCUCGUGUCAAUAGUAAAUGCAAAAGGCCUCCAACGGAUGACACGGAAAGCUCUUAUAAGGAAGCAGCGAAAGAAAUGAAAGAGACUUUAAAGAGGCAAGAAAAUAAAGAAGCAUGUGAUAUGAUAGAUAAAGUUAUCGAAGAUAUACAACGCAUGCCAAAUAUCAAUGUCAACCAGCGAAUUAAGGCGAUUGACAUGUUUAGCAAAGAUCAAUUUCAUGCCCGGACGUUUUUUAAGAUGACAGAAGAAGAAAAGAUUUGUUACAUGGAAAUGAUCGGGGAUGGCUCAAUAUCAUGA